UCAAUCAAUGCCUUGGUGAUCAAACUAAAUGGUUAAAAUAUCGGAUUUAUUUAUAUCAUAUCCUUAAUUCUUUUCAUUAAGAACAAAUCUUUUUUACAUGCAGAAUAUAAGGGAUUGCUCAUGGCCAGGCCUGCAUCUUCUCUUUCAUUUACACAAGAAAAUAAACUUUCUACAUCUGCACCAAUGAAGACCCAGCUGAUGGCAGGUUUUGGUGGGCCACAACAUGAAACUAUGGCUUGGAUGUCAUGUGGAACUUUGUGCUGAUAUAACUCCUCAUUCCUGUGUCUUCCCAUUUAUUUACCAAGGAAAAUCCUAUUCUUCUUGCACUGAAGUUGAUAGUCUGAACCACUCAUGGUGUGCCACAACUUCAAACUAUGAUAAAUCUCCUCAAUGGAAGUAUUGUGCUAUUAAAAGUUUGACAUAUUUAUAUUUCUGGGGAGAAUUUUCAGUUCUGAUCUUUUCUUCUUUUUCCAUUUUAGUUCCUCGUCCCUGUGUGUUUCCAUUUAUUUACCAAGGAAAAUCCUAUUCUUCUUGCAUUGAAGUUGAUAGUCUGAACCACCCAUGGUGUGCCACAACUGCAAACUAUGAUAAAUCUCCUCAAUGGAAGUAUUGUGACACCAAAGGUUUGACAUAUUUACAUUUCUGGGUUACAUUAUUCAGUAGGGUUAGGAGAAGCAACAAUUGUUAUUUCUGA